CCCAACCCACCAGCCACAGUACUCGACGCGUCGCCGGGUAAGCGACCGUAUAAUAUAGAAUGAAGGAUAUCUACUAGCCUAGGGCAGCCGACCGACAGUCGCGCGCUGGCGGUUGAAGGAUGCAGGCGAAAAUCAGUUCCAGUGAAGAACCACUGUAAAUAUCGAUGUCGCGCGAAGUGAAAUGCAAUGCAGUGGAAAUGGAUUACUACAAUUGUGGAUUUUCAGUGCAAUAAACACGAUUUAAGGCAAAUGGGCAAUCAACCGUAGUUCACACAAUACAAUGGAUUAUGUGCAGUGUAAAUCAUCUACAUUUGGAAGCCCAUUAUCCCAUGUGGAAUAAUUAUGAUGCACCUGUGCUGUUUAGGAAGCCGAAGUGAUAAAGUGUCUCCGGGAGAGUCAGCAGAGCACUCAGCGUCUUCAUCACCAAACAAGGAUGAUACAAACUUGUUCGAAAAUGAUCGUCACUGUACUGACAUAAUUUUCAUUGCCAUAAAAGCCGCCUUUAUUUUGAUUCUGCUGGUGCUCAUUAUCUACUGUAUGGUGUUCGGUGAUAUCUACCGGAUAAUAAAUGGAUACGAUGACUGUGCCAACGUGUGUGGCCGCGACAACAAACCAGAUAAGGAUCUUUCGUGCAAGGGCACGGAUCGAACCGAGCAAAAAUAUCUUUUGGUGGAAACAUCUGGAACAUCUUCCGACCUGCACCGGCAGUGUGUUUCAAAGUGUGAGGAUGUCGAAGGCUACAAACCCUUUCUAAACCGUUGCAUACGCAAGGAAAAUCCCGCCAACGACGUGGCCACUCGGACCGGGCUGCGAAACUUUUUCCAGGAAGUCUCGGAGGACCUGGAAUCAUGCUACAUGGAAAUGCUCUGGCUGUGCGCAAUAGCGUUUGCGUUCUCGCUGCUGACGCUGAUACUGCUCAGAUUCGUACCUGGUUUCGUGGUUUGGGUAGUUCUGCUGGCCGUAAUACUGGCCUGUACCGUGGGAACCAUCUGGCUCUGGGUCAAGUGGGACUGGGAGAAGAAAAACAUGCCCACCGAGGCCGGCCAGGGGGCGAAGAUGCGUAUGAAUAAUUACCUGUAUUAUGCCAUCGCUGCCACGGUCGCUACGGUUGUGGUGUGCUUGAUCGUGCUGGUCAUGAGGAAAAGGAUCCGACUGGUGGUGCAACUGUUUCGAGAAGCAGGGAAAGCGAUAUCCAAUAUGCCGUUUCUGCUGCUGGAACCUAUAUUGACGUUCGUAUCCAUCGCCGCGGUUAUCGUUCUGUACGUCUACUUCACCAUGUGGGUCGAAAGCUCCGGGAUGCUCAGGGUCGAGAACAAUCAAAGCGCCAAGUACGUCAAGGACUCGACGAUGCUCUUCACCCGGUGGUACAACCUGUUAGCGUUCUUCUGGUUCUGCCAGUUCAUCAUCGGCUGUCAGCACAUGGUCAUAGCCGGGGCGGUCGCCUGUUGGUUCUUCACGCGCAACAAGUCCAAACUGGGCAGUCCGAUAUUGAAGAGCUUUGGCAACUUGGUGCGCUACCACAUGGGAACUGUGGCACUGGGGUCGUUCAUCAUAGCGGUCGUACAGUUCUUACGGGCCGUGCUGAAAGUUGUGAUGUACUACGUUCGAGAACGCCAGAAUCGCUUAACAAACUGCAUGUUCGAGUGUUGCCAGUGCUGUCUACAGUGCUUCGAAAAGUUCCUCCAGUAUCUGACGAGGAAUGCCUACAUCAUGACCGCCAUGCAUGGUGAUCCGUUUUGCAGAGCUGGAAAAAAUGCAUUCCGAUUGCUGACUAACAAUGCUUUGCGCGUAUUUGCUAUCAACUCGGUUGGGGAUUUCGUCCUGGUCCUUGCCAAAGUGUUCGUUGUGGUCGUAACCUGUCUCGUCGGAAUGGAACUGAUCCAGAAGAAGACCGGAUUGCAUCAUCCAUAUGUCCCGAUCAUAUUGGUGGGCAUCUUUGCCUACCUGGUGGCACAUAGCUUCAUGACCGUUUAUGAGAUGACCGUGGAUACCAUAUUUCUGUGCUUCUGCGAGGACUGCGAGACCAACGAUGGCAUUAGUCGGCCGUACUACAUGUCCCGGGGCCUGAUGGAGUUCGUGCAGAAUUCGAAAAAGGCUUUGGCAGUGCACGACUCACGCACUGCCAGCACCCUGAAGGAUGGGGGAGCGUGGACCAAGGACGAAUCGGGAUCUGGUGCGAAGAAGAGAUUAUCGAAAACUAUCUCGGAAACAGUGGACUGAACAGAUUUUAGAAUUUAAGAAGAUAUUGGAUGCGUUCAUUUUUACUUUUGUGUGUGCGUGGUGUGAUGCUUAUAAAUAUGAACAAUGCGAUAAAUAAAGAGCACAAAUUUUCAGUGAA